GCUCUCCGGGAGCGCACGGGAGAGGGGGACGGAGGGUGUGUGGUGACAGCGGUCGGGCUCCCACCCCGGCCCCAGUUCCUGCACAGUUUCUGGGCCCCUCUCAGCCCUCGUGUGAGCCCGGCCUCGUCCCCCAGCCAAGAUGCUGCUGUGGAGCAGCCUGCCCGUGGUGCUGGGGCUGCUGCUCUGGCACCUUGCCGGCGCCAGCGGCCCGUGCUGGGAGAGCAGCAAAUGCCAGGACCUCAGCAGCAAGGCCGGCGUUUUGGCGUGCGCCACGGCGUGCAGAACCGAUCUGUCAGCCGAGGCCCCCGUCUACCCAGGGAACGGGCACCUCCAACCCCUCUCCGAGAGCGUCCGCAAGUACGUCAUGAGCCACUUCCGCUGGAACAAGUUUGGCCGGAGGAACAGCAGCAGCGGUGGCGGCGGGGGGCACAAACGGGAGGAGGCGGUGGGGGGCAACCCGCUGCCCAUUGUCCCGCCAUCCCGCCACGAGGAAGAAGAGGGAACCGGGCUGGAGCGGGAGGAAGGCAAACGCUCUUACUCCAUGGAGCACUUCCGCUGGGGAAAGCCGGUAGGGCGCAAGAGGAGACCCAUCAAGGUCUAUCCCAACGGGGUGGAGGAGGAGUCAGCCGAGAGCUACCCGCUGGAGUUCAGGCGGGAGCUGGCGCUCAGCAGCACCGGGGCACCUCCCGAGGAGGAAGAGGAGGAGGAAGAGGAAGGCCAGGAGGAGGAGAAGAAGGCCGGCGGCUCCUACCGCAUGCGCCAUUUCCGCUGGCACGCGCCCCUGAAGGACAAGCGCUACGGGGGCUUCAUGACCUCGGAGCACAGCCAGACCCCUCUAGUGACUCUCUUCAAAAAUGCCAUCAUCAAAAGCGCCUACAAGAAGGGGCAGUGAUGGGGGAGAGCCCGCAGGUGUCCCCCAACCCACCCCGGUAGCUUUAGUGUCCUGCUGACAUGUGUUUCACUUAGAGAUCACUCAUUAUGUCGUUCUUAAUUAGUACUCCAAAGGGCUCCGCUCCCAGGUUUCACGGGGUGGGAACAGGUUGGGGAUGAAGAUGCCAACCGCUUCACCACACCCACGGGACACGCACAGGGAGCGGGGAUGAUGCCCAGUUUGGAGCACGCUGGAUGAUUUUCAUAUUUUCACUGAGCUGUACAAUACUGUAAAUGAUAGAUUCAAAGAAUUCUAAAAAGAAUAAUAAAAAAAAACCAAACAUAAACAAACCCAUUUUUU